GAUCGUAUUCUGACUCACGGGUGCCGCAUUGCUGACAUCGAGUGAUUUGUCUUCGUCUCAAGCUCGCAGAACCGCCUGAUUUAAAAUGAGGGAAUGCAUCUCUGUCCACAUCGGCCAAGCUGGCGUCCAGAUUGGCAAUGCCUGCUGGGAACUUUACUGCUUGGAACAUGGCAUCCAACCUGACGGUCAAAUGCCAUCUGACAAGACCAUCGGCGGUGGAGACGACUCCUUCAACACCUUCUUCAGCGAAACGGGGGCCGGCAAGCACGUGCCCAGGGCAGUUUUCGUCGAUCUAGAACCCACCGUAGUCGAUGAGGUCAGAACCGGAACAUAUAGGCAAUUGUUCCACCCGGAGCAACUCAUCACCGGAAAGGAAGAUGCUGCCAACAACUACGCUCGAGGUCACUACACCAUAGGCAAAGAAAUCGUCGACGUCGUCUUGGAUAGGUUGCGCAAACUUGCUGAUCAAUGCACUGGACUGCAGGGAUUUUUAGUCUUCCAUUCCUUUGGAGGAGGUACUGGCUCAGGAUUCACAAGUUUGUUGAUGGAAAGACUCAGUGUUGACUAUGGAAAGAAGUCCAAGCUAGAAUUCUCAAUCUACCCUGCUCCACAAGUUUCUACCGCCGUAGUAGAACCAUACAACUCCAUUUUAACAACGCACACCACCCUAGAACAUUCUGACUGCGCUUUCAUGGUAGACAACGAGGCCAUUUACGACAUUUGCAGAAGAAACCUAGACAUCGAGAGACCCACUUACACCAACCUGAACAGGCUUAUCGGGCAGAUUGUUUCUUCCAUAACUGCAUCUUUACGCUUCGACGGUGCCCUGAACGUGGAUCUAACGGAAUUCCAGACAAAUCUGGUACCAUAUCCUAGGAUCCACUUCCCACUAGCCACCUACGCUCCUGUAAUCUCAGCCGAGAAAGCCUACCACGAACAACUGACAGUCGCCGAAAUCACCAACGCCUGCUUCGAGCCGGCGAAUCAGAUGGUUAAAUGCGAUCCUAGACACGGAAAAUACAUGGCCUGCUGCAUGUUGUACAGAGGAGACGUCGUACCAAAGGACGUGAACGCCGCUAUCGCCACCAUCAAAACCAAACGCACCAUCCAAUUCGUGGAUUGGUGUCCCACUGGAUUCAAGGUGGGCAUCAACUACCAACCACCCACUGUGGUGCCAGGGGGUGACUUGGCCAAAGUCCAACGCGCCGUGUGUAUGUUGUCCAAUACCACGGCUAUAGCCGAAGCCUGGGCCCGUCUGGAUCAUAAAUUCGACCUUAUGUACGCCAAGAGGGCCUUCGUGCACUGGUAUGUUGGUGAAGGAAUGGAGGAAGGAGAGUUUUCCGAAGCCAGAGAAGACUUGGCAGCGCUUGAGAAGGAUUACGAGGAGGUGGCUGUGGAUUCCAUUGAGGCCGAAGCUGACGAAGGCGACGAAUAUUAGUAUACCAAAAAUUAAGUGAUCUAUCCUGGCAGAACUGCAUUUAUACUCUGUCUUUUGUAAUUCCUUCAGAGGACUUAAGGCUAACAUCAAGUGUAGCUUUAUGUAUGUUUUAAAUACUGCUCUUUUAGAUUACCAAUGCAGCAUUUUCAGAAAGUUAUGCCCAUGCCGGUCUACUUGAUCAAUAAUUUUACGAUAUAAGAUGUUAGUCUUAGGCGCGAUAAUAUUAACAAAUUACACUAGGAUCGGGUGUUGAUGAGAAGCGGACUUAAUCUUAUUUUAAUUUAAAGCGUUUUUAUAAUUAUGUAUUAAUUUAUCGUACUUAUAAUCUAGUAACCAUUGUGCUUUCUGAUAAUACGAAUUUAAAUAUAUCUAAUAUUUACUGUGCACAAAUAUUUUAUAAAUUUUUGCAAUUA